ACAAGCAACUCCUCCUCCUUUUUCUCAAAAAUUCACAUAUAUGGAUAUUGAUAUUAUACCUAAACAAGUUAGACAACUCAAAGAAACUAUCUCUCAAUCACCAAUUGCAAAAACAACUACCAUUCCCCCAUUAUCAUUCUCUUUAAAUUAUUCUACAACUCAACAAAGAACUUCAUCUAAUCCAAUACAAACUCUUCAAAUCCAA